GGUUGCGCGUUUUUUUCGCUUCGCAAAAACUCCAAUAGGAAUGUAAAUGCGCAUGCGCAUGAACCGACGCUUUCGAUUCACGCGAAUAAAUUCGCCUGGUGGAAAACUGUCUUUACUGUACUACUUAUUUUUUCAGGGGGCAGGUGGAGCACUUGCAGUUCAAAAUGCCCUUUCACAGCCAGCUGACAAGUAUGUAAAUGAUUCAAGCCUUGAAAUGCAGUGGGCGAUGAAGGCAUUCAAGCAUGCAGAGGUUUAUUAUAAUUUGAUAUCUUCAGUUGAUUCAAGGAGCUUAAAACUUACAAAACACGAUGAUGAGAUUUUGGAACAUUUCAAGAAAGAUUUUCCUGACUUCAACAUUCAGAAAUUUGAUGAGGAUGAUUUGAAAACAGAAAGUGCUAAAUUUGUGAGUUGA